UUUUUUUUUUUUUUUUUUUUUUUACUACCUGACUUACAUCAUUCAUCAUGAAAGUGAUAACGCCUUCUCCAAGAAGCCCUUUAAAGAGUCCAUCCAGCCGAUCGAACCACAAGGAUGAAUGGGAAGACUGGGAAGAGUCAGAGGCAGAGGCACAAAAAGUGAUGGAGGACAAGGACAGACUUCUGAUUGACCUUUCGGAGGAUAUAGCACGCAAGUCAUUCAGGUCUACCACUACACAAAGCGUUUCGCGGAAUUCAAUACGCUACUCGAUACAAAAACCAACUCGCGUGAAGUCGAGAGCUAGACAAAAGGCACAGAAUGCGAAGGCUGGUAUCAAAGUCGUGACGGACAUGUCUAGCUUUCGCCAACCCGCACCGCCUACGCGACAGCCAAAAUUCGUUGAUACCGUCGCCCUACAUGCUCUUGAAGGAGAGCCGUCUUCUGCUUCAAUUGGUAGUUUUUCGUGGCUUAAGCAAAGACCCGGCAACGCGAACGGCGCAAGAGCAAGAGCAAGUAGCAAGCUUGUACAGACUUCCUCUUCAGAUCUUUCUCCGGAGGCUCGACCAAUUGUUAUCGGGAUAGCAGUACCUUCAGACAACUUACUAGAGCACCAACCUAGCCCACAGACAGCACUCAUCGAGACACCCAAUGAUUUGCGAAGAUACGCUCCGACGCGAGAAAACACUACAAUUCAAACCCCACAGCAGUUGCGUUCUGUAUGGUCUCCAGAUACGGAAGAGAGUCAAUCACCAUACCAUUCCUCCAGAGCUGUUUCAAGUUUUUAUUCACAGCCAAGUAUAUAUGGCGCUACUGCGCCUGACGCUGACGCGCCUCCGGUACCAGCCCUUCCGGCAAACCUGAAGACAAGGGAGCGGCAAAGUACAUGGCUUGAUCUAGAUGAUGACGACAGCGUUGGAACACCGUGCACUCUUUUCGAAGAAGACGGGAGUCCAACGGCAGUUCGAAAGUCAGCUAAGCCUCAAGCAACGAUAGUGAGUCCCGAAAGUGCUAGCAGCCCAUCUCGUGGCUGGUGGGAUCAUAUCACGACUCCUUUUACACCGCAAACCAACAAUCCAUUCAAACAACAAUUGCAGGAUACCGGGAUGAGCUCUCCACCGCAACAAUGGAAUCCAUUCAAAAAGCAGAUACAAGAAACUAACCCCAGCACUACAACAGCUCCUCCCCAAGGAUGGUGGGCUGGUGUGGACGAAAAAGGCAACCCUUCCCAACCAAGUACCAGACAACAACUAAGCAAUCUAGGACCCAACGUUUCGUCCUCGCCGACAUUGUCACCAGCUCCCCGGGAGUGGUGGAGUGGAACUAAUGAAAGGGCAAGCACAUCUUCUAAGGGGUUAAAUAGUAACGCGCCGGCAGUGCCUCAGCAGCAGUUCGCAGUUCAGCCAGCCGCCACGUCGUCUCGUGCGGCUUCACCGAACCGCCGCGAGGGACAGGCAGAGAAAGCUAGGAUUCUCCUGGAAGAGAACCAGAAACCGAAUGAAGAGCCACCUCCAUAUUCACCUCCUAAGACGGUCAAUCAAGUCAAGUUUGGGGUGAUACUGCCACCUCCACAAGUAGUCAAUUCACAGCGCGUCCCGUCCCCUGCACCCUCGACACCAAACCUACCAGGUACGAUGACUUCUCAGGGCGCUAUUGGUAUGGCAGAAAUUCCCCUAACACCCUCCGGAAUCCGUACUAUACAACCCGCCGUGCUCCCCGACCGCGCACCUGGCUCGUACGUUCCUGGAGACCACUUCUACGAAAUUCGAGGCCACGCCAACAGGACCGAAAGGCAACGGCGACGUCACGAAAAGGAGGAGGUAGCGGCCAGGAAAGUUGGCGGCUUUUGGAGAGGCCGAGGUUGCAUUCCUGAAAAGGGGUGCUUCGGACGCUCGGGUCGAGAAGGGAGGAAGAGAAGACGGGUCUGUCUCGCAAUCUGCGGUAUUUUGAUAGCUGCGAUCAUUCUCGCUGUGUUGUUGGCAGUUUUCCUCACACGGCGGCGGCCGGACGAAAACCCGACCCCUUCCAUCUGGCUCAAUUUAACGGACUUUCCGCCGAUGCCCACGGGAGUUUUGACUGUUUCUGGUCCGGACAAUUCUGAAGCCAAGUCCGGCUGUCUCCUUAGGACGCCUGAAACAGCUUGGUCGUGCUCCUUGCCGAAAGAAGAGCAUGAUUCAGUAGCACCCCAUCAGCCUGACCAGCCUGAGUUCAUUUUCCAGAUCCAGUACGACAAUGAUACUCGUGCUUUGUGGAACAUGACCAACGAGGAACAGGCCGAUAGGAAGAAGUUUUUGACGGACGAUGGCUUCACUCCAGACCCCGCACCCCCUUCUAUCGCCGAGAUGCGUUUCCUGGGAAAUACCACAGAUCAUAUCGAAGAGGACGACAAAGCCGGAGAGCCGACACCUUUCUUCAUUAGUCUCUUGACGGCGAUCGAGAAACCAGUCGGCCCUAAUAUGCUCACUCGCCGACAAGGCUCCAACGAUGCUAUCGGCUCAAGGGAUGAUUCGGGGUCCAACUUCAAACUGAACCUUCCGCCCCCGAGAACGAACGGUGACGGUACAGUUGGCCCGGCCCAGCUCUUUCCACGCCCUAUCCAGCAGCCCAUUCGCCUGUUCGAUCGCGGCCUGCCUACCGAGCACUACGGCUUCUACACCUUUUUCGACAAGACUAUUUACAUGGUCGACACUCUGGAAAGGAACUCGGGCGACGAGGACGGCGGCUCCACCUUAGCCGAAGCCAAGUCUAUAGUAAUAUUCGCACAAACUCGAUUCCUCGUGCAGAUUUGGACGCGCAUGGAGAACACCACGCGACUCAUCGGCGGCAGCGGCGGCGCCGUGCCCUGGACCAACGGCUCCGCGGCCGCCAACACCCCGGGCACCAUGCCGUACCCGGUGACGGUCACGGAGGACAUGCACGGCGGGGACAAGAGCAAGAAGACCACCUACCGGUACGGGAUCCUGGACAGCCACGCGCUCAACACUACGGACGUCCAGCUCAUCUUAUCCAACCCCGGGUCCGGCGGCACCCUGGUAAACCCCGCGGAGGACGCUGACCCGGCCCUCGGCGGGAUCGACGGCGGCACGGGGGGUUGUAAAUGCGAGUGGAUCAACUUUAAGAACCUCAAUAGAGUCACGAAGUGAUUUGGACCGUGGCGGUUGCUGUACAUCAUAUCAGCGGUUUUUUGAUACGGGUAUUUUAUCAUUUUCUUUUUUGGGGGAUUUCUUUUUUUUGCUCUGCUGUUGCAGACACAUACAUUAGCAUACAUGUAUAAGCAUGUGACGGCGUUUUUUUUUAUACACGCGAAAGACAAAAUUGGUCAGCGGUCAUGGCAUUCACAGGAUAAUUUUUCUUUUCCUCUAUUCUUUUUUCCGACUUAUAACUUGUAACUAUCUUUUUCAUUCUGAUCGUUUACAGAGGUUGGAUGGAUGUUCGCGUGUAUAAACGAUCAAGCGUUUAAGAGGGUGGAUUGGAAAGGAUGGUUAGGUCCUUUACCUUCGGGUGCUUUAUACAUAUUAACUAGUAGCUUCUGCAUAGCUGUGUCUAUAGGUAGCCAGCGAGAAAUUGAAAAAGCGAAUCUGAUUACCCA